AUAGGAUCUGUGCAGCGACUGGGGCAGAAUGCUCUGUUAUACAGAUGCUACACAUCCCUCUAAAGUGAAUUUACUGUGGGGCCAGUAACAUGCAGGAACGUGUAACCCCCAGCUACAGGCACUCAGGAGAAAAGCGAGAAGCUGAAUAACAAAUCCCAGGCACGGACUUUCCCCCAAACCAGUGGAGACCCAGAAUAAAUUCCCCCACAGUCCAGGCAGCAAUGGACCCGCCCAGGUGAGAUGCAGGGGUCGUGUAAAAGCUCCGAGGUGGGCGGAUCGGCGCUAACUGCCUCACACUGAGUCACCGGCACCUCCAGAUGACAGACAGAGCCGCCGACCAAUCCUAUCCAGGGUUAGUGACGAAGGCCCGCCCUGGCAGAAGUGAAAGUGUCAGUCGGUCGGAGCCUGUUGGUCUCGGUGGAAAUUAGGAAGAUGUUUAGGCCCUGCCUGGGAGUUCUUUCGUUACUGCUGAUGGUGUCGGUGCGACUCGUUUGGGGUGAAACAACAAUAAAUAAGGCUGUUAAUGGAUCUGUAACCUUUAACCUGAUGUACUAUGCUGGUGCCACAGAGAUCACCUGGAAGUUUGGUCAGGACAAGUUGGCAGAACUUGAUAACGCUGGGCAAAACCAUUUUUAUCCCCCGAUGGACAAUGGCAGAGCUAGUGCGACCUUCGAUCCUGGGAGUCUGACCAUUAAUCAACUGCAGAAGGAAGACAGCAACACAUACACUGCUGAGAUUCAGGUCGGGAGGGAAACUCACACUGACACUUUUACCCUAAAGGUGUUUGACGUUGUUCAGAGACCUAAUGUGACUUGUACCCAGGAGAAGGAGACGAAUUCCCUAGUCCUGCACUGUCAUUCCCCAGGGAAUGUGCAAUACCAAUGGCAGAAUUCCUCCGGUUUUGUGUCUGCCCAACAGAAUCUCACUGUUACUGACCCAAGUGUUUAUACGGAUGGAAAUUUGACCUGCCAUGCUCAGAACCCCGGUUCCUCCAAGUUCACCUCCUUCCUACUCUCCUCCUGUGUCCAAGAGGAGAAGGGACACAGAACACAUAUCAUCAUGAUCCUCCUCUUUGUUUGUGUUGUGAUUGUGAUUGUGUCUGGAAUCAUUCUCUAUAAGAAAGGGAAGUUCUUCCACAGAGCUGAGCAACCAAAGCCGGAGGGACAGAACCUAAAUUCUCCAGAAACCCUAAAUGCAGAGGAUAUGAGCCCAUAAGUUACACUAAUGAAUAUCAGGAAACUGUCGGCAGGCGCAGGACUUUUGAUUGGACAGUAUUGGGAGGUCUCCACACAGACACACAUUGUAGAAAUUAGAGGAAACAACUUGCGACUUUCCCACAGAACCCCAAGUACUGGUGCCUUAUACUCAUUGCUUUGUACAUGGAUCUGCCUAUCCGUGUUCUACUCCCAAAGGCACCACCCCCCUGUGAGACCAUGUCCCUCCUCCUACCAUGGCAUAUCGGUCUACAGUGUAGGCGGCAUCCCUGCACUACCCCAUGCUGGGUACAACUCUGCUCAUAUCGCAUGUAUUUAUUGUGCAAUUGGAAUGAAGGGGACGUGAGCUGCAGCUCCCGCCAAGGAUUCUCCCAGCCUGGAAUGAUCUUGUAGAUCCCGCCUCCUUCUUGGCUGAGGUGGAUGCGGUGCCGACACAGGAGGAGACAAGAAUUCUGCUUGUGCUUUUUGUCUAAGGACCACAAGGAAGAAGUGCAUCUUAGCUUGGUGUGUAACUGUGUGUUUUACUUCAACUCUAAAAUGAGUUUCUUUAGGGCAGACUAAAUCAAUUCCAAGACCGGGUUUUUUU